GUGUGGGGUUUCUGUACGAACAGGUUCAUUCAAUUGAAAGAUCAUAAGGAUUAUUAGGCUAUUGUGUCAUCUGGUGUUAAAAAAUGUUACCCCUCACCAGUUCACACACUGUCAUGGCUAACAGAAGGAAAUAAGGCAUUGUUACCUUUCACAGAGGAUAACUACGUCGCCAAAGAUAAUAUUAGCUUUCUUGGGUAUCUAAAUAUUAAGAAUUUAUAGCACUGUCAACAAAUUUUAUAUACAAGGAAUUAUUGUGUGUUUAGAAAUGAUUUAUUGAUAAAUGAAGUUAAAUCAAAUUAAAAAUCUGUAAAGUUUAAUAAUGGAAAAUGUGACAUGACCUCGAUUCAGCGAUGAUCUUGGAGUUUAGACAAGGCUUUAGAAACUUUUCAGAAAACCUGCAGACGACAUUACCCGAAAGUGAGAUGCACGCGCCAGUUCAACGUCAGAUGACCACUUUGGAUUCUGCAGCACAAGGAAAGGUUAGGAAACGCACAAAAAUUCAGAUGAACAUGGAUUUAGCUUUAGAAAGGCAAAACACAACCAUUAACCCGAUUAUGUUCAGUGGGAAAGGUUUUGACAAUAUGAAAAUUGUCCGCCAUAGAACAACAGACUUCGAUGUCUGGAGUGUCAUUCCAGACAAGAAGUCGACAACAAAACCAAAAAGUGUACACGAAAACUCUCCGUCGAAUCUGAGUCGACCUAUGUCAGAGGUGUCAGCAUAUGAAUUAGAGAAGAAGGAAGGACACAAAUUUCCAAUAUUAGGACCUACUAGACAACAAACAGAUAUAUACUUUAAACACAAAUCUAAAAAACUACAAGGCUUAAGUCUACAAGGACCACCAGCAGAUCAAGAUACACUCCGACGUUACAACAGUGAGUACGUCAUCCGUGAGGACAAGCAUUCGGAACAUUUAAUACAGUCGUCAAGAAAAUUACGAAGUAGUUGGUCAAAUAUUACUUCCGGUUCAAUAAUAUCUCGUAAAAAUAAAAAUCAUGUCAUUAAUGGUGAUACAACAGAAAAUUUGCAAGACGUUCGAUUUUUUGCAGAACUGGUGAAGCCACUUCAAUACCGUUUACGCACACAUGAAAAAGAAGAAAAGGAAAAAAUACUUUUUCCAUCCAAAUAUGGAUUUCAUCAAAGAAGUCAUUCGCCAACGUUUCGGCGACUUCUGGAAGCUACAGAAAAACUCAAAAUAAUUUCUCAACACGAAACAGUAAAAACUUUGUUAAAACAAAAUGCCAAUAUAAAUGAAAAGAAAGUGGUCUCCCUUAUAAAGCCGGAUCCGGAAAUAGUGAAAGAGAAAGCAGAAUUGUUUGAUUCUGUUACACCAAAAACACCGGAUGUGACGGCUAGAACUGAAAAGAAGAAACACACAACUUUCAUAACAGACGAAGUGAUAGAUAAUAAAGAUAAUACUACAAUUUCUGACUUCCCGGAUAAUAUUACUACAAUAAGCGAGGAACCAGACGAGGAUGAUGCAUGCGAUACAGAUAGUGAAGACGGAGACGACGAAAAGGAAGAUCAUGAUAACUCAUUUAAAGUGGACUUUAAGGUAGAUGAUUCACAUGCCGAACUACAUUUAUUUCUUCCAAAAAUUAGUAGUGGUAAUAAAAGUGCUAAAACAAAUAGGACAGAUGAUUUUGACGAAUGUUCGAAUAAAACUGAUAGAACUGGUCCAGUUGUAUUACCCUCUAUCAAAGUUGACUCUAUUCAUCAAAUAAAAUCAUAUCAAAAUCCGCCGGGUAGAAAACUUAAACGACAGGAUACAUUCCGCAAAAAGAAGAAAAAAGCAGUUGAAAGGAUAAAAUCAGCUGCUGAUCCCGAUAAAAAAGUUAAAGACCAUUUGAAUGACGUUCAUACCUUAAUAUCUAUAGAAGACCAUCAUUCUUCUCACACUAAUGACACUGUGUGUCACUUCGAAAAUUGUCCGUACCAUAGCUUAUUACCUCCGACACAAGAAUCAACUUCAUAGCAUUAGUAGUAUAUGGUUGUUAUUAUUUGUCACUCUGAUAGUUUGAUUGCACCCUAAUUUAAUUCAUCUGUAUAACAUGUAAUUUUUAUUGCCUCUUUGAUAUGUUCUGAGAUAAAUAAAGGAUCAUAACUCUGGAGACCUGUUACAAAAUUCAAAAUUAAUGUACAGAUAAGUUGUUAUUUGCAAACUAGCAUGAAUAAUCAAAAUUCAAAUUGUGUGUUGUUUCAAAACUUUUGAUUAUAUUCUUUUGCUAUACUUAGCAGAGUACAAUUUUAAUGCAUAACUAGAUAAGGCAAAUGAUAUCGAAGCCAAAAUAAUGUUACGAUUAUAUCUUUUCGUAUCCAUAUUCUUUUACCAGCCAUUUCGAUUGAAGGUGCAUAAGGAAACUUAAUGAAAAAUCUGCUGUACAUUUUUGCACACAAUCUUUUAUAUUGCAUCGGCAAAUAAGACACAAUGAGACCCAGUUAUAGGGUUUUACUUGGUUUAAUAAGAAAAAAAACAGAGUAUGCCAUAAUAAACAUAUACUACAGAAUAGAUUAGGACCAGCAUGCAAAAGUCACAUAUAUUAAAGGUGUAUUAAAAUGAUAAUUAAGAUGUUUUUCUUACAUUUUCAAGCGAGAUGACAAUAUGUGCAAAUUCUGAAAGUAAAAUUGUGUCCUUUCAUUUUUUAAAGGAUUGUUUGUAUCGGUAAGUGUUCAAGUGACUACUCAAUCUCAGGACCUAAGCACAUAUUAAAAAAAUGUAAGCGUGGCAGAAGUUUCUUCUUCUAUCUAUGUUUUUGCUGCUCACAAACUAUCUCACAGCUAGACAAACUAUCAGUCAUAAGUCGAUAAAUGAUUCUGAUUGGUCUACAAAUUCUGGAAGAAUUUACUUACGAAAACAGUUCACUUAUUUUUUACGAUGUUAUGAUAAUGUUAAAAUUUUUGUUUUAAAUUUGAACUGAUGCUUCGAAUCUUUUCGAUUAAAAAAACUUGACGAUAGCGAAAGUGCAAGGUCGAAAAUUAUAUCUAUAAGGUGAAAAUGCUGUCUUUUUAUUCUGUUGUGCUUUUAUCUAUUCGUCUAUGCAUUGUUAAAACAUAUUUUCCUACACAUGUGAUUAUGCAAAUUGUUAUCAUUUUGUUU